GAAUAAAACACUUGCCACUUGCCUGGUAUUAUGAUGGCAACUCUUUUCUAGGAACAAAACACUUGCCACUUUCUGGUAUCAAGACGGCAUCCCUUUUCUAGGAAUAAAACACAUGCCACUUGCCUGGUAUCAAGAUGGCAACUCUUUUCUAGGAAUAAAACACUUGCCACUUGCCUGGUAUCAUGAUGGCAACUCUUUUCUAGGAAUAAAACACUUGCCACUUGCCUGGUAUCAAGACGGCAUCUCUUUUCUAGGAAUAAAACACUUCCCUCUUGCCUGGUGUAAAAGUGGCAACUCUUUUCUAGGAAUAAAACACUUGCCACUUGCCUGGUGUAAAAAGUGGCAACUCUUUCGCAGGAAUAAAACACUUGCCACUUGUCUGGUAUCAAGAUGGCAACUCUUUUCUAGGAAUAAAACACUUGCCACUUGCGCGGUAUCAUGAUGGCAACUCUUUUCUAGGAACAAAACACUUGCCACUUGCCUGGUAUCAAGAUGGCAACUCUUUUCUAGGAAUAAAACACAUGCCACUUGCGCGGUAUCAAGACGGCAUCUCUUUUCUAGGAAUAAAACACUUGCCACUUGCCUGGUAUCAUGAUGACAACUCUUUUC